CCCCUGCGGGGCAGAGGCGGGCGGAGGGGCGGCGGCGCUGGAGGUUUCAUCCCCGCUCUCCCUGCACCCCGCGGGGCUCCGAGCCGCUCCCGGCUGGCCGCAGGAGGCUUCAGUGGCUCUGCCCGGCUCCGCGGGGCUCCGGCCAUGCCGCCGAGCAGGGCCGGCGGGAAGGGGGCCGUGGUGCUGCAGUGCGAGUGGCAGCAGUGCUCGUACGUGGCGGCGGGGAUGGAGGAGUUCUGCGGGCACGUGGCGCAGCACCUGCAGCAGCACCUCCCCGGAGAGAACCGCGACGAGAUAGACCCUCUGGAGGAGUACACGUGCCUGUGGCAGGACUGUGGGUUCUGCUCCCCGGAGAGCCCCUCCGACCUCGUGCGCCACGUCUACUUCCACUGCUACCACACCAAGCUCAAGCAGUGGGGGCUGCGGGCCCUGCAGAGCCAGGGGGACGUCAGCCACUGCCAGCUGGACUUCCAGAGCAGGAACAUCAUCCCUGAGAUCCAGGAGAACUUCCUGUGCCUCUGGGAGUACUGUGAGAGAUCCUUUGAUAACCCUGAGUGGUUCUACCGGCACGUGGAGGAUCACAGCUUCUGCUCCGAGUACAAGGCAGCAGGGAAGGAGAACCACGUGGUGCUCUGUGGCUGGAAAGACUGUGACUGCAGCUUCAAGGGCCGCUGCAAACUGCGGGAGCACCUGCGCAGCCACACGCAGGAGAAGGUGGUGGCCUGUCCCACCUGUGGGGGGAUGUUUGCCAACAACACCAAGUUCUUCGACCACAUCCGCCGCCAGACAGCCCUGGACCAGCAGAGGUUCCAGUGUUCCCACUGCUCCAAGAGGUUUGCCACGGAGAGGCUGCUCCGCGACCACAUGAGGAACCACGUGAACCACUACAAGUGCCCUCUGUGUGACAUGACGUGCCCCCUGCCCUCCUCCCUGCGCAACCACAUUCGCUUCCGGCACAGCGAGGAGCGGCCCUUCAAGUGUGACUACUGUGACUACAGCUGCAAGAACCUCAUUGAUCUGAGGAAGCACCUGGACACGCACAGCAAGGAGCCGGCGUAUCGCUGCGAGUUCGAGGCCUGCAGCUUCUCUGCACGGUCCCUCUGCUCCAUCAAGCUGCACUACAGGAAAGUCCACGAGGGUGACUCAGAGCCCCGGUACAAGUGCCACGUGUGUGACAAGUGCUUCACACGUGGGAACAACCUCACUGUGCACCUCAGGAAGAAGCACCAGUUCAAGUGGCCCUCGGGGCACCCUCGCUUCAGGUACAGGGAGCACGAGGACGGCUACAUGCGGCUGCAGCUGGUGCGUUACGAGAGCGUGGAGCUCACAGAGCAGCUCCUGAAGGACAGGGAGAAGCGUGGGGAGGCCCUUGAGGGCCCAGCCGAGUGCGUGGUGCUGCCUGAGGGGGAGGGCAACCUGCAGGGCAUCAUCCUGGAGCCCCCAGCAGACGCUCCCCUGGCAGAGGAGAACAGGGGCUCUGAGCUGUGCCCGGCCCCGUGCUCUGCUGGCAGCCCUGAGCCAGCACAGCCCAGCGCCUUCCAGGGAGCUGCACUGUCGUCAGAGCAAGAGCCCAGCACCUUCCCAGGGCCUGCUUUGUCCUCAGAGCAAGAGCCCAGCACCCCCAGCAGCCCCAUCAUCCGGGUGGUGAACAGGACCAACGAGCACGGGGAGAGCGAGACUGUGUAUUAUGUGAUGGCCAGCACGGCCCCAGAGGAGCAGGGGACAGCCCCUGCAGGGCUGGCUGUGGAGCUGGAGGAGAAUGUCAUGGACAGGCUGCAGAAGACAGCAGAGGAGCUGGGCAUCCAGAUCGUGUGAGGUGCCCCCAGGCCUCUGCAUGGGGAAAACUUGGGCCUCCGUGGGAUGUGCUGGUGGGGGAGGUUGGGGGGUGCCUGGGGGAGAGGCCUGGGCUUGUCUUCACCCUGUGCUGCCCCAGCCUGGCUGGCUGCUGGUUCUGGGCAGCAUGGGCAGAGGGGAAGGACAGGUCUCUCAGCUGUGGAUCAAGGGAUGUGAGCUGGGAAGGGCUGUCUGUCUCCCCCUCUUGGGGAUUAGGGACUAGCAAGCCUCUCCCACCCUCCCAGGAGGUUUGGCCUAGGCCUGGCCCGGGUAACUCAUGGGUGAUGUGGUCCCUUGCUGAGCCUGUUUCUCAGCCAGGACCUUUCCAGGCUGGAUGGUGUGUGGAGCAGACACUGGUGCUGAAGCCUCUUCCCUGGGGAGAUGUGUGGCCUUUAGCAGUGUCCUUUCCCACCCAGAGUUUCUCCAGGGGAUGGCAGUGCUUUCAUCAGCACGUCCCUGCACAUCAGCUCUCCUGGUUGGCACCCCUGGUCCCAUGAGUGUCCGGGAGGAGAGGGCUGGAGGUGCUGUCCCUUGCAGGCCACUGCAGCACUGGGACACUGGGGAGCUUCCCUUCUGCUUUUGUCAUUCCCUGGGUUUCCUCCCCACAUUGGGGUUUGGGCUCCUGGUUGGGCAAAGUGUACCUUGGCACGACGAAUAAAGAUCAGGCUGCCAGGCUGA